AUGUCAAAAAUCAGUCAACGACAAAGGACAUUACGUGAAAUUAAUAAGCUCAUCCAGAAAAGCAUGCAACGACAGCUGCUUUGCAACGACGAAAGCGAAUUGCUCCAAGAAGAAGAAGAUUGCGAUGAGCUUCUUGACAUUUACGUUGGCAUCAGCAGCCAUCGAUACCUCAAUCCUCGCGGUCACGUUCCAAAACUGCAAGACGAAUCAAGGGAACGAUUAUUGGAGCAGGCUGCACCCAGUCCGGAGCCACAGAAUGAGGAGGUGAACAGCAUUGCUUCCAGCAGGGUAGAAAGCGGCUCUGACAAUGACGACGACGACGACGAUAAUGUGCCACGCGGCAGAAACUUUACUGCCGUUUACUCGGUCAAUGAAGCCAAACGACGCAAGUUAGAGUCGAAAAAUCUCAAGCUCGAGCAUGAGAGACUGCAAUUGGAGAAGGCGCGAUUGGCAGAACAGAAACGUGCGUCCCAGGCACAAGAACAGCAGACUUACGCUAGUGACAGAACCAAGUUUUUCAUUGAGCUGUUGAAACUUGGAAAGACUACUGACGAAGCCAAACAGAUAAUUGAAAAUGUAUACGAGUAG